AUGUGGUGUUUGGAGCUGCUCCUGCCUCUGCUGUUGAUCAUCAAUGGUAAUCAUUUCCUUUUCCUGGUUUGUUACUUAAAAUAUUCUUCCGCUGUAAUUUACAUAAUAGCCACACUUUCAGUUAUCAUUAUGGGAGAUCUCCAGCAGUUAUAUCUCUCUGAUUGUCGUCUCUGAACUUUUCUAAGAUGCCAGCUGCCAGUGGAAUGUUUGGGUGCCUCGGGACAUCUCUGCCAUGACAAACUCUUGCGUGGUGAUACCGUGCACCUUCAUGUAUCCCUCUGGCAUCAGGCCAUACCGAGGCAUUCAUGGUAUCUGGUACUUUGGCCAGCCGUACCCCCAACUCUUCCCUCCUGUUGUCUUUAAAUCACGUACGGAUGUUGUGCAUGAGAGCUACAAGGGCCGCACAAAGCUGCUGGGUGACCUGACUCAGAGGAACUGCACUCUGCUCAUCAACAACAUCGGCUCAGAGCACUCAGGGAGAUACUACUUUCGUGCUGACCUUGGUGGAGCCAACAUGUACACGUUCCCGGACUUUGCAGAGCUCAAAGUUCUCGGUAGGUCACCAAUAAGAGUGUGGUUAAAGCUAAACUGCAAACAACAGUGCUGGGAAAGUUAUGUGGCGCCACUGCUGUGAGUUUUAAAGCUGCAUUUCUAUGAUUAUUACACUGUUAAGGAUGCAUAGAUAAAAAGUGACAGCUCUAGUAACUAGUCCUGGAAACGGAUCAAGGCUAUGACUCACCACUAUAAUCUUUACCUUUAGGAGGGUUUUUCAGACAUUAAGCUCAGACCUCAAACAACACGUUGCUUGUCUCUAUUCGUUGGAGAAUUCAAGUAAUCUGUUCUUACCCUUGUCCACCAGAUCAACCCAACAUUGAUGUCCCCGAGGAGAUUGUCAGCGACGAGAGCCUGGAGCUGACAUGCUACGCUCCCGACAACUGCCCAGACUUGACUCCCGAGAUCCAGUGGAUGUACACUGACUACCUGCCUGACCCAGAGUUCAGUUCUGACUUCCUGGAGGAGGGCAACACGGCGGUGCUCUCCAACACUCUUACCUUCACACCCAGACCCAUGCACAAUGGACAGCUCCUGGGCUGCAGGGUCUACUACCCCAACACCACUCUUGUCUAUGAGAGACUCAUCUCUCUGGACAUCAAGUGUAAGUUCAAUGCAGCUCACUGACUGAAAAGUUACUGACUCCAACCAAGGAACAGAGUUUAGAGCAGGUUUUUUCACCCCCCCAAAAAUACUGAUUUUUCCUCCUAAGCCUUGCAGUCACUCAGUGAUGUUACUCAAACUAUUAGUUCUUGGACUUAAAGUUCUCUGUCUUAUUUUCCUCCCCAGAUGCUCCCCGCUCUGUGUGGGUGAACGUGUCUUCAGAGGUGAUGGAGGGAAGCUCUGUGAUGCUACACUGCGAGGUAGACAGUAACCCUCCCCCCAGGAUCUCCUGGAUGUUUGGAGACCAAGAGCUUCUGUGGGACACGGCAUCCAACAUCUCCCUCUCUCUGGAUGAUUUGACGCCUGCACAGGAAGGAAUCUACACCUGUAUCGGGGACAAUGGCUACGGCAUCAUGAACACCUCACUGUACCUGUCUGUAAAGUGUAAGUCUUUUGAACCUGCUGUUGAUCUUAUGCUGCGUUCGAGUUACUUUGGAAGUCAGAUGUCUGAGCUGGGAAUGAUGUCACACCCAAGUUACCAGCGUUUCGGUGACCAAGUCGGAAAAAAGCAAAAUCAGAGGCAGAACAAGAUGUUGCAGAAGGACCGCAUAUUUGUCCAGAAGUUGCUUAUAUUCGGACAAGGCAAGCGCAAAAAUAACUUUCAUAGAUGUAGCCAUCUUGUUUCCGCUUCCGAUUUUGCUUUUUUCCAACUUGGUAUCUGAAACACUGGUAACUCGGGUGUAACUCGAACACAGCAUUAUACAAUAUGGUUCUGGGAGACAGCUUGUGUAUGAGCUGACUCUCCCUCCCUUUAUUUUGUUUGUAAAUCGGUUCUGCUGACCCCGAAUGACCAUAAAAUCUCAUACUGUACGUUCCAAAUGUUCAAAAUGAUGGAGACAUCUUUUUCUAUUGCAGACCCUCCCCGGGAGCCCACAGUAAAUGACUCUCUCACUGUACAAGAAGGAACCUCACUGGCCCUGCAUUGUAGCACCCAGGGCAACCCGGCCCCAACCCUCACCUGGCUGAAGGAUGGAGAGCUAGUGGGCACCAUCACAGCGGACGAGCUGUCAGUGCUGGAUAUCGUAGAGAUCACACCCCAGGGAGACGGACAGUAUCGCUGCCUGGCCGAGAACGAGCACGGGAGAGCCAGCAGCUCCCUCAACAUUACAGUCGAAUGUGAGUACUUCUCUGUCCUUCAUUACCAAACCGUGGUCUAAAAGUCAAAGACAGAAGCCUCUUUCACACGGGAACUCUUGACAUUUUCAGGAAAAUUUCAGAACAUUCAGGCCCAAAUACUUUGGGAAUUUGCUGUUCACACAAGCAUGUCACAGUUGGAGGCAUCCAUGAUUGGCAUGCUCUCAAAACUCGAUGAAUCAAAUUUGGUUAAGCUGUGUGAGUAGUGGUGGUGGUUGGGACUAGGUAGCAUCAACAAGACAGACGGCCAGUUCAAUUUCUCAUUACCAAACCAUGGUCUAAAAGUCAGAGACAGAAGCCUCUUUCACACAGGAACUCCUGACAUUUUCAGGAAAAUUUCAGAACAUUCAGCCCCAAAUACUUUGGGAAUUUGCUGUUCACACAAGCAUCCAUGAUUGGCAUAGUGGUGGUGGUUGGGACAAGGUAGCAUGUCCAUUUGGAGAAGUUUUGCCCUGUAAAAUGGUAGUGAAUUCUCCUGGGCAUUACCUGGUCACACAUUGGCAUGAUGAGGCUUGUUGAGGACACUGAACAUGUGCCCUGGCAGGAAAAAUAUCCCACACAAAGAUGGGGUAAAAAAAUUGUUCAUGUAGCACACCCAAACAAGUUGAAGGUGCAGCAACAUAUAAAGCACACCUGUGAGAGCAAAAUUUUUACCAAAACUGUUACUUAAAUUUUUUACUGUGUUGCCAUCUUUAAUAGAUGCCCCAGUCCUCUUGGAGGAGUCAAAGUGCACUGUGGUCAGAGAAGGUGUCCAGUGUGUCUGCAUGGCCACAGGAAACCCUGAGCCCACCAUAGAGUUCUAUCUACCUGACCUCAACGUCACAAUCAACGAGACAGACGGCCGGUACAAUUUCUACACACACACAGACGGACACACCUCCACGGGUAUGAUCAAGCUGCGGGAGAAAGGCGAGCGGGUUGACAAUGGCGGCCCUGCCGUCAACGUUCACUGCAGCAUCUACAACAUGUAUGGAAGAGAGAGCGUACUUUUGGAGCUACAGCAGGAGAGUAAGUAGAAAGGGUACAAACUUUUGUUUAAAGCAACCAAUGAUCUUUCUGUAGAGGCUUAAGUCGGUCAUAGUGCUGUACUUGACACAAUAAACCAUCCAAUUGUUACCAGCUCUUGAUCAUUUAUUCAGUGUCUUGGUAUGGCCUUAAGUUGGCUCUGAUCAAAUAUCACUGAUUAGGCCUAUCUCUGUUACAAUGAGUGUAUCGCCAGUGGUGUUCCUCAUGGCCUGGUCCUGGGGCCCCUUCCAUUUUUAAAUCUGUUAGCUUCUACUCGGCAAAACUGUUCAGAAUCACAAUAUCUUUGUUGCGCAACCAACCCAAUGACCAGCUUAGAUCCUCCCCAAAAUACCUAGCUGUAGAAGUCAAACAAACAAAAAACCUCCCACUACCUUCAACAUAAUGGUCUUGGUCUUUGGCAACAAAACAGGAUUUCUCUCCUCACACAGAGAAAGACUUGAUUAUCAUCUCACUUCUAAAAGGAAUAAUUCAGGAGUCGUCUUGUGGGAAACAUAACCUUAAAUCCCUCAACUCCUUAAAAAGUUGUCUUAAGUGACGAAUGUCGCGGUCAGAAACUUAGACUCCAACUAACAGACUCAGAAAACACUCAGAAAAAGGUAAAAAUUAAGCACAAUUUAUGUAACACAGCUGAUUUGUCCUUUGGUUUCACAAUCAAAGUCAUUGCAAUGAUGGGACUCAUGAAAUGUUGAGGUUAACUUUAAGCAUCUUUCUACUCUUCAAGCAUCUAGUUUCUGAUACAGGAAAAAUAAAAUUUCACGCAUUAAAGAAAUAUCAGAAAAGAGCCAGGUUGCUUAUUAGGAUGUAAUGUCAUUGCAGUCACAAACAUGAACUAACCAAUGGCAAUGCUAACAGGGUAAAUCUAGGAUUCAGUAGUUGGACUAUGGAAACCUUAAGUAGACUAGACACAAACUUUUGAGUAAGAAAAAUCACUUUACCUCCUGCUAAAAUGUAGAUUCCUUAAUGAGGUUACAUGCUGGUUGAAAAUCGUGGUAACUUUUCUUUGCAGAAAAAUACAUGAUGGCAGUGAUAGUUGGCACCAUUGGAGGAGUGGCGGUCAUAGCCUUCAUCAUUGCAGCAGUGAGAUACGUUGGCCACAACAACAAGAAGUGAGUAUCAAUGACAUACUAAUGGAGAGGCCGGUGCAAGGCAGAAGUAGUCAUUUUUCCUCACAAAGCAUUUUACGAUAUCCAAGGAAACACUUGAGCCUUGUCAUCCAUUCUAAAACACUUUGAUGCACAUUGUAAAUGAGUGAAUGUGGGACUGAUGUGGCAUGAGAAUCAUUUCUCCAGAGCAAUUUCAGUUUAUUUACCAGGACAAGUCCCUGUCGAAAUCCUUGGAGAUCCACAUUGGGUGGAGUGGGUUAGCAAGCUGGACUAACCUUAUAUUUUGCAGGCACAAUUCCCUGCUCUGACACUGCUUCUGUAUCCUGUAUCCUUGACCUGCUAUGCUAAAUACAACCCAGGUAGCCCUCUUAACCAAGGUGCUUAAUUUUGGCCUUGAGGCAUAUUUGGACCCCAAAAUUUGCAAGCUUUCUCUGGCAAAUCACCCCUGAAGUGGGUGUGAGCUCAGCAACUAAACCCAUAAAAUAACCACGUCACUCACAGCCAUAGUUGGCCUCCAGCAUAACCUUACAGAGCUUGUUGUUUUAAAAUGGAUGCCCAGGCUUGGCGUGUCACCCUGCGUUAGUGGCGGUCACGACCGAGUCUGAUUAUGUGACUCCGUCCCCCAGAGAGAAUGGCAACCCUAGGCAGGACGUGGUCCUGGAGAACCCAGCUUUGUACUACAGCGCAGUCAAGAAGGACAAACAAAAUCUGAGGAAGAAAGUGGUGAGACAUGCUAAUGUCAAUAAUAAUGAUUAUGACUGAAAAUGGGUUGGAUGACCAUUCUCUGAGUUUUGGGCGUAAUAGUUGUGUGUGAUGCGACAAGUAAUACAAUAUCAGACCCCAUUCUGGCCUCUUAAAUGAGGAAGUUGAAGAAAUCUCUCCCACUAGCAGUCCAGUAGCUCCAUUCAUGACCUUUCCAACCACUGUUUUCUCUUGCUUUCAUCGCUUCUCUGCGUUUUUCUGUCUGUUUUUUCUCUCCCCUAACUCUUGCACAGCUUAAGACAGAGCUGUUGGGCUCAAAGUUUAACUCCAUUCUAGAGGAGACUACGGUAAGGUUCAAAAUCAAAUCCCCAUAAAAAACACAAGCUCAAUGAAGGACGCAUCUCCUCGCAUAUCAGCUUCUGUGUUCCGUACACUGCUGUUUGUUUCGAACCUGCCCUCUGCAUGGCUGCCUCAUCGCUAACACCAACAGCCAGACUAACAGGAAACAUCUCAAUCUCCUCGUCAGUUGUCCACCAGUAACCACUAACGUCUUUUUCUUUAUGGUGUUUGUCACGCCACUGUCAUCUGAGGUGUCACCGGCACCAGGCCAGUGAUUUGUCUCACUGAUUGGUCCUUCUGUCCACAGGGAGAAGACGGGGAUUACCAACCUGUGGGCUCUAUGGCAGGACUGGAGAGGCAAGAGCUGAAUUAUGCUGCUUUGGAGUUUAUCGGGGCCAGGCCCAGGGAGGGGGCCUCAGGGAGGGGGGAUGACGGCAGCAACUACACGGAAAUCAAAGCCAAAUGA